CCCAAGCAAAAAUCAUGAAUUAAUUCAAUAUUUACGUAACCAUUGUAAAUUACUUUUUUAUUUUAAUAUUUCGGAAUGUACCUUUUUAUUAUUUUUUACUGGCAAUACAUAAUAUCUAACACCGUUUAUUGUCUAUGGUCACCGGAACGUCAGAGUUCUUUUGGCGCGAAUGAUCAGCUGUUUGGAAUAAAUAAUUGAUAUUGUAGCAGUGCUUUUCAAGUUUUUACAGUGUCAAAUUAUCGUUACCUGGUAAGUAAAUUGUUAUUCUAAAUAUUCAGUAGUAAUGUAUUUGUGUUGUAUUCUGUGAUAAAUCGUUAUAGAGAUUAUGGGACACGGAUGUCCCUGUCGGCGUAAAGGAAUACUUUUUAUACGGAAUUUCAUAACUUUUUGGCCUGGUGAUUUAUACCAAAAUGCUAUCAUUUUCUUAUUCAUAUUGUUGCAGAAUAUGUUUCGUAAGGGACGUGGAGUUUUUGAGCUUCGAGAAAAUGAAAUUCAUCAAAUUUUGAUGGGUGACAAUAGCGAUGAGGAAGAUGACUUAGUGCUUGAUGAAGAAGACCAAAGACUUCUAACACAGGAUGAUGACCAAGGGGUAUUUGAUGUCGAGAUUGAAGGAACGACGACUCUUCAACGGCAAGAAUCACCUGAACCUUCAACAUCUCGACAGGAAAUCGUCACUGAAGCACAUUCCAACCUUCAACCGGUUUUCAAUUGGAAUCCGAGAACAUACCACCCAAAUGUUUUUCCUGACGUGGAAUAUGAAUUCGGAAAGGUGAAAAUCUGUCAAGAAGUUGAAGCCGAUACAUUGACUCCUUUUGACAUUUUCCGUUUAGUAACUAAUUUCGACAUUUUAGUUGAACGUAUAGUAUCCGAGUCAGUACAAUACGCUCACCAAAAUGGACGGGAGUUCACUAUCAAAAUCGAUGAAAUGAAAGCAUUUCUUGGUGUGAAUCUGGUUAUGGGCUAUCAUAUCUUGCCAUCAUUGAGAGAUUACUGGUCUACAGAACCAGACAUGGCGGUACCAUUCAUUUCAAAUGUUAUGCCAAGAACGCGAUUCGAAGAAAUACGCAGAAAUCUACAUUUCUGUAACAAUGACGAUGUAAGAGACAUAAACAGCCCUAACUAUGAUCGAGCAUACAAAAUCCGGCCAGUUAUGGAUCACUUGAAUACUUCAUUUCAAAACGCUCUCAAUAACACGAAAAAACAAUCCAUCGACGAGCAUAUGAUCAAAUUCAAGGGUCACAACGUAAUGAAGCAAUACAUAAAAAAUAAACCAGUAAGAUGGGGUUUCAAAUUAUGGUGCAGAUGUGAUGCAGAAACGGGUUACUUAUUUGAAUUUGAUUUAUAUACCGGUAAACGAACUUCAGGGACUGAGUAUGGAUUAGGUGAAUCAGUAGUGCUGAAACUUACGACAAAGCUGGACGGCUUGGGAUGUGAAAUUUACAUUGACAAUUUCUUCAACUCACCUUUGUUGCAGUACAGACUGAUUGACCAGAAUAUCAAGGCAUGUGGGACUGUUCGAAUUAACCGAAAACAUCUUCCGAAAACUGCACCAGUGGAUAAAAAAAUGAAGCGUGGGGACAUUUACACCACAAGUUUUCAAGGCAUAUCGUAUGUGAAAUGGAUGGAUAAUAAAGCGGUACAUUUCUUGACCAACUUUCUGUCACCUGUAGAAACUGAUACCGUGAAACGGCGACAGGCUGGCUCAGCAGAUAAAAUUGACGUGAGAUGUCCUAAAAUUGUGUCACACUAUAACAAAAAUAUGGGUGGAGUGGACCUAAUGGACCAACUAAAAGUGUGCUAUGAAAUAGAUCGGAGAUCAAAAAUAAAGUAUUAUCUUCGCCUAUUCUUUGAUCUGUUAGAUAUAUCGAUCAAUAAUGCACAUACCGUCUACACUAAGCUUCAUGAACAAAAAAAAAAUUGA